AAAUAACUCCUCUUUUACCUUUCCAUGUGAACAAUGAAGAAAUAUAAAAAAUCUCGAUCUGAAAUUUUCUGAUUCUGCUCCUCUCUCUCUCUCUCUCUCUCUCAAUCGCAAUGCACUGAGGCAGCGUGCAAAGCUUACCAAUCAUGCUGCUGGAAUUUUUGUUCGCACAAAGGGAAAAGAAUGAAAUUGAUGUCACUCUUAUAUUGGUUAUUUGAUUUAUUACGUGAAUUGAGAAACUCAAGAUUCAUUUAUUCGACCAUCAAAGUUGUAGGAUUGGAGAGUAAGAUUGUUUUAGUGAAGAUGAAAGCUACAACAAAAUGAGAUCAAGUGGGACUGCAGCAUUUUUCUGUAGAUGCGGUGAACUGUAUUAUGGCAUCACAUUCUUCAAUUGGACCGUCAGUAUCAUCUGGUAUGUUGCCAUCGACAGGUUCAAAUCAAAGGAUUGGUUUAGCUGGUGUUGGACAGAAGAACAAUUUGCGACUUUCGUCGUCUGUCCAAGAUUUUUCAAGAAUUAAUAUGCUUGAUCCAGAAGAAGGCAACAUUUUGACCCAUUCAAAGCUGCCUGAUGCCCUAGAAAGGGAAAAUUCUGGGUCAAGCUUUUCAAAGGAAAGGAACUUGCCAUCUGCCUCAUUUGUAAGAAAGAAAUGGGUCAGAGUGUCCAUGGGUCUUCUUUGCAUUGCAUUGCUCUUUUUUUUUAUUUAUGUAUUUGCAAGACAUUUUAGUACCAAUGCAUCACAGUUUCAUGUGAUACUUGAUUGCGGCAGUACUGGAACACGGGUUUAUGUCUAUGAGUGGUCCAUUGGUCAUGAAACAGGCCACAAGAAUCUUCCAAUUGUCUUGAGAUCAUUACCUGAAGAUCUUCCCAAAAAACCCAAUUCAAGGAGUGGUCGUGCCUAUCAUCGUGUGGAAACUGAGCCCGGUUUUGAUAAACUUGUAGGCAAUAUAUCUGGUUUGAGGACUGUAAUCAAGCCACUUCUUCAGUGGGCAGAGAAGCAAAUACCAAAGAAUGCUCAUAAGAAUACUUGGCUCUUUCUUUAUGCGACUGCUGGAGUUCGUAGGCUACCGAAUUAUGAUUCGGAGUGGCUUCUAGACAAGGCAUGGUUGAUUUUGAAGAACUCAUCCUUCUUGUGUCAGAGACAAUGGGUUAAGAUCAUCACUGGCAUGGAGGAAGCUUACUAUGGAUGGAUAGCUCUUAAUUAUCGCACUCAUAUGUUGGGUUCCUCACCUACAUUCGGUGCACUUGAUUUGGGCGGUUCGUCACUGCAAGUUACUUUCGAGAAUGACCAACUUGUGCUAGAUGAUACUAGUUUAGAUUUGACUAUCGGAGCAGUUAGCCAUCAUCUCAGUGCAUAUUCUCUUUCGGGCUAUGGUUUGAAUGACGCCUUUGACAAGUCAGUUGUUCAUCUUCUCAAGAAACUACAUGUGCGUACUAAAGCGGAUGGUAAAAUGGAGCUUAAGCAUCCAUGCUUGCUGACCGGGUACAAAGCGCAGUACAUCUGUUCUCAGUGUGCUGCAUUAGACCAACAAGGAAGCCCUUUGAUGGGUGGCAGCUAUAUCAACAAUGGAAGAUCUAGGCCAUUGAUUGAGCUGCAUGGUGCCCCACAGUGGGAAGAAUGCGUCACCCUUGCAAAAAUAGCAGUCAACUUGUCUGAAUGGUCACAAUUCAACCCUGGAAUUGAUUGUCAACUCCAACCCUGCGCUCUUAGGGAAGAUUUGCCCCAGCCAAAUGGGCAAUUCUACGCCAUGUCUGGUUUCUUUGUGGUGUUUCGCUUCUUUAAUCUGACAUCUGAUGCUACGCUGGAUGACGUAUUACAAAAGGGUCAGGAAUUUUGCAACAGUACAUGGGAAGCAGCGAAGAAUAGCGUCAUUCCCCAGCCUUUUAUAGAGCAGUAUUGCUUUCGUGCGCCGUACAUUGUUUCAUUACUGAGAGAUGGCUUGCACAUUACGGACAGCCAAGUGGUUAUUGGGUCAGGUAAUCUUACCUGGACGCUUGGAGUUGCUUUAUUGGAAGCUGGGCAUGCACUGUGGAGCAGAAUGGAGAUUAACAGCUAUAAGAAACUUUAUGCGAAGCUAAGCCCAACCAUUCUUAUUGGUUUGCUAUUCGUGUCGCUGAUAACUGUAGUUUGUGUUUUAUCAUGCAUGGGCAAUUGGAUGCAGAGGUUCUUCCAUGGGCGAUACCUCCCUGUUUUCAAGCGUAAAAAUUCGAAUACUACUUCCCUAUUUAAUAUUCCAUAUCCUAUCCGGUUACUGCGCUGGAGUCCUAUCGGUUCAGGUGAAGGAAGGGUGAAGACAUCAUCGAGUACUAUAAUUUCCCGCCCUCAGCAGCGACCGUCCGGUAUGGGACAUGGAUUGGGAGGCAGCAGCAUCCAGCUAACGAUGUCUUCCUUAACCCCAAACGUUUUGCACAGUUAUUCUGCAGGUAAUCUGGGUCAGAUGCAGUUUGACAACAGGCCAGGAUCUUUCUGGAGCACACUUAGAAGUCAGGUGACUCUCCAGAGUAGGAGAUCGCAGUCAAGAGAUGACCUCAGUUCUUCACUGACUGAGGUUCACCCUAGCAAGGUUUGGCAUUAUGAGUCCUCGUCUCCUUGAAGAAUAUUCCGAACAGGACACUUUGUGUCAGGUGAGAGACUGCAAUGAAUGGUAUCCGCACAAUAAAUAUAGCCACAAAAACAAGAAGAUUUGCAUUCUUUUAUAUCUAACUGGCAUCAAGAGAUUCUGGCACUUCAAAUUUUGUUUUCAAGAUGAUUUUUUCUCUCUUGGGAAAGCUUAUGGGAAUACUGCUCUGGUUCUUCUACUAUAUAGUUGGUAAUUUUCACUGCUUUGUUUUUGCUUUCUUAUAUUUUCUACUAGGGAAUGUAAGGGCCUGUUCAUCCGCAAAGGCUAGUUCACUAAUAUGCAGGUUUGGUACAUGUGGGGCCCAUAGCUCAGUGAUCCAAACUAUUUAUCUUAUUGGCCCCACCAUGGAUGGUAGUUGCCUGAAAAUAUACCAGAUUGGAAAAUCCUAUACUCUCACUAUUUGGCCUUUUCUUCAGUUAAAAUGUGGAUUGCUGCUCUAAUUUUUGUUGGCUGCUGAUAAAAUUGUUGUGGUCAUCCAAUCUGGGAGAUUUCUAGGACAUCCCUCAUCCAAGGUGGGGCCGAUAAGAUUAUAGUUUGGAACACCAAACCGAGUGGCAAAAUAUAUAUUUGUCGAUAAGCACAUCCCUAUAUUUCCUCUCUAUCUUUUUUUAAAAAAAAAUCAUUCCAUGACGCCAUAUUCUCUCUGUUUUUUCUUUGUUAUUAGCAGUAAUUGUCCUCCUAAUUCUCCCGAAGCAAUGAGCUUGAGUUGACGGAAGGGUCAUUCGGUCUGAUUUCAGACGCUUGGAACAUAGAAACCCAAGCUAACUACUAAUGCAUCUGCUGCACCGCUACCUUCUAUUGUAAAUGGCUUACUGAUCUUAUCAAUGAAUGAAAUUCCCGAGCACAAUUUUGUAGCAGAAUAGCAUUGGAAAAUUUUCAAUUUUCAAUGCUCUGAUAUUAAUUGUUGACAAAUCUUGGUUUGUUUGAGUUGAAUUAAAAAUUCUGCUACUUA